CGAGCUGUCAGCACAGAGCCCAGUGAGGGGCUUGAACUCAUGGACCGCGAGAUCAUGACCUGAGCUGAAGUCGGACACUUAACCGACUGAGCCACCCAGGCGCCCCAAUCAGAAUUACUUCCUUAACAUUCUCUACCAAACUUCUGGAAAAGUUCAACCUUAACUGGCCGUGGAAGGUCAAACAUUCAGUGUCUAAGUAUGUUUCACUUCCCCUCCCACAUCAAUGGCCCUACCCCCACCCUUUCCCAGGACAGCAAGGAGAGAGGAGGAAGGCGGCCAGAGAAUGGCUCAGAGAGGGCAUCUUAUGCUCUGGUGAAAUUGUAGAGAGGUUUCCUCAUACCUGGCCUGAGCCAGCGCUGUCCAAGUUUGUAUGGUUGUUACCGCCCUGAGGGCUCAGACCUCGGCUGUCGCCUGGAUUGGGAGACAGAGUGGGGAAAGCACUGGACUGGGAGUCUGGGCACUUGGGUCGCACUCCUGGUGCUGCCACUGAGUCCUGUCUGACCUUGGACAAGUCUCCUGCCCUGUCUGAGGCCUAAUCUCCAUCUUCUCUAAAAUAAGGAGCUGGGUUUUGUGGUUCACAAGGUAUCCCCCUCGAAUUCUGUCACGGGGUGUCCCAGCCCCGUGUGGCUCCUCCAGACCUUGUAGCCACCCCAGCCUGCCCUGAGAAUAGCCCCGAGCUCCCUCCCUGCUGUGCGUGACUCCUGCCUGUUCUAUCCAGACCCCAAUCUAAACAAUCUUGAUUCCUGUUCCCAGUUUGGCGGGACCCUGAAUGGCAGGAAGUGAAGACAGGAGCCUGUUUAUGUUUGAGGCAGCCAGGGCUAGGGGGAUGGCGGCACCGGGAAAAGGGUGGGUAAGAGGCAGAGGACAGGAGUGGGGGGUACUGCUAAAAACACUCUCCUUCCACCCUGGCCCUGUGCCCUCUGUGCCCUCCCAUCUGAACUCAGGAGUAGGGGUAAAUAGCUAGGAGUCCCCCAAGCUCUCUGUCACUUCAAUAUGGCUCUCUACCCUUUACCCCUAACAGGAUGGUUUCCAUGGGGAAGUGAACCAGGACUUCCCCUGCAGGCCCCGCCCCAAAGCCAGACACAGGGAGUAGGGAGGAGGCCUCCCUGUGCCCCCCCCCCCAAAACUCCCAGUGAUUUCCUCUAGGUGGGAGGGACCCACAGUUAGCGGCUGAGAACACCAAAGGGAUCACAUUUCAUAGAUGUUGCUGUACCCCCUCUCUUCUCCAGGGACCAUGACCUUGGACUCCCUCAGGAGAGGCUUUCUGAUGCUACUGAUGGCCUUGGGCUUGACCCAGGGAGACCCUGUGAAGCCCUCCCGGGGCCCGCUGGUGACCUGCAAGUGUGAGGGUCCAACCUGCAGGGGGUCCACCUGCCAGGGGGCCUGGUGCAUAGUAGUGCUGGUGCGGGAGGAGGGCGGACAACCCCAGGAGCAUCGGGGCUGUGGGAGCCUGCACGAGGAGCUAUGCAAGGGGCGUCCCACCGAGUUCGUCAACCACUACUGCUGCUACAGCCCCCUGUGCAACCAAAACGUGUCUCUGGCACUGGAUGCCACCCAGACUCCUCCAGAACAGCCGAAAGUAGACGGCCAGCUGCCUCUGAUCCUGGGCCCUGUGCUGGCCUUAUUGGUCCUGGUGGCCCUGGCUGCCCUGGGCCUGUGGCAUGUCCGGCGGCGGCGGAGGCGGGAGAAGCAGAGGGGUCUGCACAGCGAUCUGGGCGAGUCCAGCCUCAUCCUGAAGGCAUCGGAGCAGGGGGACAGCAUGCUGGGGGAUCUCCUGGACAGUGACUGCACCACGGGCAGUGGCUCAGGACUGCCCUUCCUGGUGCAGAGGACAGUGGCGCGGCAGGUGGCCCUGGUGGAGUGUGUAGGAAAGGGCCGCUACGGCGAGGUGUGGCGCGGCCUGUGGCAUGGUGAGAGCGUGGCCAUCAAGAUCUUCUCUUCAAGGGAUGAACAGUCCUGGUUCCGGGAGACGGAGAUCUACAACACGGUGCUGCUCAGACACGACAACAUUCUAGGCUUUAUCGCCUCGGACAUGACUUCCCGCAAUUCGAGCACGCAGCUGUGGCUCAUCACGCACUACCACGAGCAUGGGUCACUCUAUGACUUUCUGCAGAGGCAGACGCUGGAGCCCCAGCUGGCCCUGAGGCUGGCUGUAUCGGCCGCCUGCGGCCUGGCACACUUGCACGUGGAGAUCUUCGGCACGCAGGGCAAACCGGCCAUCGCCCACCGGGACCUCAAAAGCCGCAACGUGUUGGUCAAGAGCAACCUCCAGUGCUGCAUCGCUGACCUGGGCCUGGCUGUGAUGCACUCCCAGGGUAGUGAUUACCUGGACAUCGGAAACAACCCACGAGUGGGCACCAAGCGGUACAUGGCCCCUGAGGUGCUGGAAGAGCAGAUCCGCACCGACUGCUUCGAGUCCUACAAGUGGACAGACAUCUGGGCCUUUGGCCUGGUGCUGUGGGAGAUCGCCCGUCGGACCAUUGUCAAUGGCAUCGUGGAGGACUACCGGCCACCCUUCUAUGACGUGGUGCCCAAUGAUCCCAGCUUUGAGGACAUGAAGAAGGUGGUGUGUGUUGAUCAGCAGACCCCCACCAUCCCCAACCGGCUGACCGCAGACCCGGUCCUCUCAGGCCUGGCUCAGAUGAUGCGGGAGUGCUGGUACCCCAACCCUUCUGCCCGCCUCACGGCUCUGCGGAUCAAGAAGACACUACAGAAACUCAGCAACGGUCUCGAGAAGCCCAAAGUGAUUCGCUAGCCACAGGCCUGAAGCCUGACUCCCCUGUACCUGCAGUGCGUGUGGGGUGGGUGGCAGACGGUGGGUGCCCUGUCUGGGUAGAGGUGGCGUGAGUACACGUGCUGGGGAGGAGGGUGCCCCUCUCUGGGCCGCUGUGCCCGCCUGCCGGCUCAUCCAGCCAAAAAUACAGCUGGGCUGAAACCCGAUCCCCCGCCGUCUGGCCCGCGCAGAGCAGCAGGCUCCCUGACGCCUGGCUCUCUCCCCACCCUCACGCCCUGGGGCGCAGCCCCUACCACCCCCAGGAUAGGAUGCAAAAGAGGCCCCAGAGCCAGGGUGGCCAGGCCAGGGAAUCCCAGUCCCCGGGCCCAGAGCCUAGGCCUGCACUUUACCCCCUGCCCUCAGUUAACCCCACUGCCCCACCAGACCUUCCCCGGGUGACACAGGGCCUUGUCCAGCCUUCAGUAGACAUCCUGCCCUGCCAGGUCUCAGCCUCUGGCACAAGCCCGACAGACACCCAGGGCCCGUCAUUUUCUCUGUGUGGGUUUCUAUCUCAGCUCUAUGAGGCCUGGGGCCUCUGUCUCCGGGACAAGACCCCACCAGCUGAGCACCAGCCGCCAACCAUCUGGGAGAGCUGGGGCCCGGAUCCUGGGCCCCUCCCCCACCUCCAUCCUAGCUGCCUUAUUAGGGCGUUCCACCCAGGGAGUCCUGCUGCAGGUGUGGCAGGGUCAGAGGACAGUGCAGAGGUAGCAGGUCAGACGGGUGAGGCCCAGGACUUUCGGACUAACUGAAAGCUUGGCUUUCAGAAGCCCAGCGCAGCUGGGGAAAGACUCAGCUGGGAGUCAGGAGACUCAGGUUCUGGUCCUAGGUAAUUGCUCUACGUGACAAGAAUGAGGCCUUCACUGUCCCACAGUCCUGAUGUCCUCUGAGGUUUCUUUGAAAUUUCAGCUGGUGUCAGAGCUCAGUUCAUCAGUCCCUUCUGUUCCUUUUGCCCCCCAGCCCCUGGCAAUUUGCCUCCAGAUGGGGAUUUGAAAAUAACUUUAUCUGAGGCCAGGAGUCCCUGAAGGGCCUCCUAGACUAAUUCUGCAAGCUCCAGUUCCUGCUUUAACUCAAACCAGCCGCCAUCCUUGGGCCCAGACAACCCUGGGCCUUUGGGCAGGCAAGCCGGCCGCUCACCCCGCUGUGGCUUAGCCUUCUCUGUCCAGGACUGAGAAGGGCUGAGGGCCGGCUUCCUGCAUGGCCUCUGAGGCUCAGAAGAAAUUUGGCUCCAGCCAGCAAGCCUCCAGCACCCAGGUUCCUGCUCUCCACUGGUCCCUGGCCCAGGCCCACAGUCUUGGCCAGACCCCAGACCGUGUGUGUCCAAGAAGAACCUGAUGGCUGUGGAGAAACACGUGGAAUGUUCAGCAUUUGGCAACGUCAAGGGUGUAUGUCCAUGUGAUGGAGAGGUUACCCCAAAGCCUGGGCUGGUGGAUGGGAGGUAGAGCCUCAGGUUUGUGGGGUGGGAGGGCUCAGGCUAGGGAUGAGAACAGUCCCAAGCUCAGAAGACCUGGCCUCUCAGCCCUUGGGGCAGGGAAGGACCCACCAUUCUCCACAGGAGGUGACAAAAACACAGCCUCCUUCCCUCCCGCUGCAAAUGACCCAGCACCCCCCCCCCCCCCCUCUGCCCCCACCCAGGGGCGGCUUGCGUGCACCGUGGCAUUUUCCCAGGCCUGGCUCCCUGAGUUGUGCAAGGCCCAAAGGAGAACCAGGAAGUGAAACUGGUGAAAACAGAAAGUGAGAGGGACCUGUUAGGUUCUCAGAUGAUCACAGGGCAGUUUACUUCCCGGCAGUUUUGCAUCUUCUGGUUACUGGAACCCGCUCAGCCCAGGAGUCAGUCCUCCCCAUGACAGAUUUUAUCUCUGCUGGAUUUGGGAGCAAAGAGGCUCCUCCUGGGACUCCAAAGGCAGCAGCUCUCCAGAGGCUGGAAAAUGCCUGAGGGGGUGAAGGUCUGAGGCGGGAAGUGGAGUGACAGGGGCCGGCUAACGGCCAGUGGUCAGGGAUGGAAAGAGGCUUUGGUGAGAGCAGAGCACCCGGUGCUUCCGUCUGAGUGCAGGAAGGUGUGCCAGGGCCCAAAUUACAGCCUCUUACCUGGAGAUCCUGCUUGUGGGAGCACUCAGCUCGUGCUCAGCACACAGUAGGUCCUCAAUAAACCAUGGUCCAAUCUCGA